AUGCCUUUACGUGAGGCAGCUGCUCAUUGUGCACCUGACCUUGCCUUUUUAGAUAUAAAAGAUUGGUUAUAUAGAUUAAAUGGUGAUAUUGAAUCGAUUACACUUCCAAUCAAUUUAAAAUAUUACCAAAUAUAUCAACAAAAACUUAAAUCUGACUUUGAUUUAAAGAAUAAUAAGAAUAAUAAGAAUAAUAAGAAUAAUAAGAAUAAUAAGAAUAGUAAUAGUCAUAGUAAUAAUACAACAAUUGAUAUUAGUGUAUCAGAGGAAAAACAAGAAGAUCAUCAUAAUAAUCAUUCAACUCCACAAUCACCAUCAUUAUCAACCACUCCAACAACAACAACAACUUCAAUUCAACAAGAGGAUCAAAUUUUAAUAUUUGAUAUUAAAAAUUAUAAUAGUGAAACAACAACACCAAUCAUAUUUUGUUGUUAUGAUAAAAUGAUAUCAUUCUCAACAUUGGCACAAUUUCCACAGAAUAUUGACUCUGAUAUCUUUGUUUUAAAGGAAUACGAUAGAUUGAAAAUGUUACAAGAACAACAAGGACCUCGUCAUACAGAGAUCCUUCUCCGCAAGGAAGACAAUGUUGGUGGACGUAAAGCACUCAAGGAAAAGUUUGUCGAGAUUUAUGAAGCUUUCUUUAAUGGUGAAGAUCCUUCUGAAGGUCAACCAUCAUUUUGGGAACAAUUGUUUCUCAUCAAAGUUAAUGCUCAAUUUUUGGAAAGAUGUAUCAUUUUAACUUCUGAAGAUCAUCUUUUAGCUUUAAAGCCAAAUUUAAACAAAAUAUUUACACAAUGUUGUCAUUGGUUAAGAAAUCCAAAUACAACAUCUGGUAGAAUUACACAUAUUCUAGAGACUCUUAGUGUAAUGUUGAAUAGUAUUUUUAGAAAGAAAUUUAAUAGUUUUGGUUUUGAUGUAUUAAAUAUACUUUGCGGAAUUGAAUCUGCUGAUACAAUCUUUAAAGAAUUAAUUGAAGAUUUACAAAAACUUUUGGUUAAUCCCGAUAUAAAAAUUAGAAUUGGAACUAUAAAUUUAUUAAAUAUUAUAGUAACUGCAACAGAAUUUAUUAAUCAAAAUACAUUAUUACAAUUCUUUAUGGUAGUUAAUAUAUUUGAUACACUUGUUGAUACAAUGAUUGAUAAGGAUUUACCAAAAAGUGCAACCAUGGGAGCAUUAUCUUUGAUCAUUUAUUUGUCAAAUUUCCAAAAAUAUGAAAUUACCAAUCCCUACAACAAGAGUAUUGCUGCUCUCGCAAACGAAGAAAAGAUCAGAGGAAUCGUUACAGUUUUAACCAAAUCACUUCAAGAUCAAAACAAAUUCUAUUAUGAGCAAUAUAGAGAACCAAAUCAAACGGUUACAUCUAGAUUUACUGGUUAUCUUAGUAGUUGGAUUUAUACUCCUGAAACUGUUAUUGCUUGUGCACCAAGUGAUACAGGAUCAAGUUUAAUGAUGUUAUAUGAAUUGAUUUAUCAAAAUGAAACAUUUAUUAAACUUUUAUCAACUGGAGCAUUGGCAAUAUCCUCAUGUCCAGAGAUUAUAAAAGAAUUUUUCGUUUAUUGUGGUCAUUUGGCAUCGGACAAUUCAAUCAAAGAAUCAAAGAAUCAAUUUACAAAGUUGUGUUUAAAUAUUUUAAUUUGUUUAUCUGAAAGAAGAGAAUUGGAAGAUUAUUUCCAUGAUGUUAAAACUACUUCUUAUAUUUUCAUUUAUUCAAAGAAAAAUUUAUAUCCAGAUCCCAAAGAAUUAGAAAAACAUCCAAUUACGACCUAUGUAAUUAAUAUUUUAAAUCAAUUUAUGAAAUGUAAUUUGAAAGCAAAGAAUGGUGAUAUUCAACACAAGAUUAUUAGUUGUAUUCAAAGAGUUGUAUCUUAUAAAAAGAAAACUCAAGCCAGAUUACCAAUCAAAUGGAAUGAAACUUGGUUAUCUCUAUUCUCCUUUAUCACUUCAAUCAUGACAUCUGAAAAGAAUUUAUUAUCAGAUUUAAUUCCAAUUGGUAUUGAAGCAAUUAAUUUAUUUAAUUUAUUUAUAAAUUAUGGAGAUUUAUUUUUACCACAACCAAGUGAUUAUGAUGAUUUAUUCUAUGAAUUGAUUCGUGGUAGCAAGGUGAUUGAAGAGUUUUCAAAGUUGGUAGAGGUCGAAGAUCCAACUGGCAACAUGACCAAUUCACUCCUCAAUAUAAAAUCAAUCAUUGCUCACUUUUCUACACACAUUCAAACAUGGAACAAUGAACAUCCAGAGGAGCCAUUGACUUCUGACAUGGUCAUAGCCAUCAUCAAGGACAAUUACGAAACUCUACGAUUAAAGCUUGCUGAAAACUUGGACGUUUACGAGAAAUAUGUAGAAAACUCAAAUGAAGCAGUCUUUUAUAGACAUUAUAUCCGUUUCUUAAUUCUUGAUACAAAGAAAAAUUUAAAUCUUUCUUUAUUGGCUAUUAGUAAAUAA